GUCUGGCUAAACAUCCCUCGCGAUGAAGAAAAGCAGGAGUGCACAGGGGGUUACACCGGGUGACGAGAGUAAGGAGCCUCCUAUGGGACAGUCUACAGGCAACACCCUCGGGGUAGAAGUGUGCAAAGUCCACAGGCGGUUUUCUGGCAACCUGCAGCUGCCUCCGUUGUCGUGGCGACAGGCAGAGAAAGAGAGGGAUAGGGGAAGCGCGCUCACACCUGAAGAAGACAUAGUGACCCGGACCAGACCGACGAGCCUACCCAUUGUUUCCCUGCCCCGCAUAGACAUCACACAGGCUGACCCAGACAGCUUUGAGGUAGAGAAUGGCCCAUCGUUGUGCUGCAGUCCUUCAGACCCACAGGCGUCCCCGGGUUCAGGUCUGGUUCUACAUCCCAACCUGGCGAGCCAUGGCCAGCGCAGGGAAUCCUUCCUGUACCGGUCUGACAGUGACUACGAACUGUCACCAAAGUCCUUGUCUCGAAACUCAUCUAUUGUUGGAGAACUACAUGGAGAGGACUUGAUAGUGACUCCAUUUGCCCAGGUUCUGGCAAGCCUUAGGACUGUCAGGAACAACUUCACCACCUUGACGAAUGUACAAUGUGCAUCUAAUAAGAGGUCUCCUGCUGCGAAUCAGCCCUCUGUCACCAAAGUCUGUCUGUCCGAUGAGUCCUACCAGAAGCUGGCUAUGGAAACCAUGGAGGAGCUGGACUGGUGUCUGGACCAGUUGGAAACAAUCCAGACCUACCGCUCUGUCAGCGACAUGGCCUCCAACAAGUUCAAGAGGAUGCUGAACCGUGAGCUAAGCCACCUGUCUGAGAUGAGUCGCUCAGGCAACCAAGUGUCAGAGUACAUCUCCAACACUUUCCUAGACAAACAGAAUGAGUUGGAGCUUCCAUGUCCAGUUCCCAAAUCAAGGGAAAGGAAGAGGAGGCAGGGCCAGCAGCAGCAUCAGCAACAGCAGCAGCAACAGCAGCAAGGCGGGAUGAUGAAUCAGAUCAGCGGGGUGAGGAAGGUCAGCCACACACCCAGCAUAUCUGGAGGCAGCAGCAAUCGUUUCGGGGUCAAGACAGAUCAGGAGGAACUGCUGUCGAAGGAUCUGGAAGACAUCAAUAAAUGGGGACUGAACAUCUUCAGGGUAGCAGAGCACUCCCACAACCGACCGCUCACAUGCGUCAUGUACACUAUCUUUCAGGAGCGAGACCUGAUGAGGACGUUCAAGAUUCCAACAGACACCUUUGUGACGUUCAUGCUGACCCUGGAGGGCCACUAUCACUCGGACGUGGCCUACCACAACAGCCUGCACGCCGCCGACGUAGCCCAGUCCACUCACAUCCUCCUUUCCACCCCCGCACUGGAUGCGGUCUUCACUGAUCUUGAGAUCUUGGCAGCCAUUUUCGCUGCAGCGAUUCAUGACGUGGACCACCCCGGAGUGUCCAACCAGUUCCUCAUCAAUACCAACUCCGAGCUGGCUCUGAUGUACAAUGAUGAGUCAGUGCUGGAGAACCACCACCUGGCUGUGGGCUUCAAACUGCUGCAGGAAGACAACUGCGACAUCUUCCAAAACCUCACUAAGAAGCAGAGGCAGACGCUCAGGAGGAUGGUCAUAGACAUGGUUUUGGCAACAGACAUGUCUAAACACAUGAGCCUGCUGGCCGACUUGAAGACGAUGGUGGAAACUAAGAAGGUGACCAGCUCUGGAGUGCUCCUGCUGGACAACUACACGGACAGGAUGCAGGUUCUUCGUAACAUGGUUCACUGCGCUGAUCUGAGCAAUCCCACCAAGCCUCUGGAUCUGUACCGGCAGUGGACGGACAGGAUCAUGGAUGAGUUCUUCCACCAGGGAGACAGAGAGAGGGAGAGGGGGAUGGAGAUCAGCCCCAUGUGUGACAAACACACAGCUUCAGUGGAGAGGACACAGGUGGGCUUCAUUGAUUACAUCGUCCAUCCACUGUGGGAGACGUGGGCCGACCUGGUCCACCCGGACGCCCAGGAUAUCCUCGACAUGUUGGAGGACAACAGAAACUGGUACCAGAGCAUGAUCCCUCAGAGCCCCUCCCCUCCUUUCUACACCAGCGACGGGGAGGGGGGACCACUCGGGGAAGUGGAAGGGGUGCCUGUGGCGAAUAAAUUUCAGUUCGAACUGACGCUGGGCGACCAGGAUGGAGGCAGGCAGAGCGGAAUAAUGGAGAUGACCGACAGGUGUGACGGCGUGAUGCUCCAAGAUCAUCUCUCCGAUCCAGACGGGGCGGAUACAGUGACACGUGAUGUCUCUCCAGCGGAAACAUAGUUGUGAACUGACGUCGUUUCGUGAAGAGUGCAGCAAGGUUUUUUGCUGUUUUGGCUGAAAUCAUUUUAUUGCAGUGGAGCAAUCCUGCAAUCUGGCUCUUUGGAGCUGCCUGGCUAAGAGGGCCUGACUGAAUGUGAGGCACCCCUGCAAACGAGGCUUGGAAACCCUGCGGCAGUUUGUUUAUGAGCCCCCUAGACGGGAGGUGGAAGAGCGUAGCCUCUGUUCUUUUAAAGAAGAGACUACUGUGGGACUGCAGAGGCAGGGCUGUAUCUGAGCUCUCACUGACAAAGAAGGUGAAAUGGGCGAUCCGUGUACUGGGACAAGUAAAAAUUCCAAACUUGCACUUCAGGACCUUAUUUUUUUAUGUUCAUUUAGAUUAUUUGUAUUGUUUUGGGAUGGAUGCCACCUGGUAAAGUGUCCAACCAAAACUAGUGGUCAGCAAGUUAUUUGUAACCACGUUUUUUUUUUCUAACACUUGUCUAAAAAAAAAAAAAAAUGUGUGUGCCUUUUUUUACACCUGUAUCCUUUUGUAAGUGUUUUUAUAAUUUAUUGAACACAUUCAUGUAGCUGUAAAAUGUGUAACAUUUUCUACAAGAAGGACAUAUUUGUCUCACACAGUCUUCCUGAUGUUUUGGCAAUAGUAUAAGCUUGUCCUCACUAAAGCGUUCAGUGGAUGUAUUUCUAAAAAUCGUUUGACUUCCCAGCACAGUUUGCACUUUGUCACGCCGAGAGUGUGAAAAGUAUCAGUAAUUUUAUUAAGUCAGAAGACGUGAUAGUAAACCAAAACAAUAAUUUUAUUUGAUUUAUCCAGCUGUUUCGUUUUUUCCAAUAAUUCAUCACAUAAGCAAUGAAAUAACUCACAGAUCAGAUUCCUUGAAAGCGGAAAAACAUUUUUUAUUUGGUUAAAAAAGCAAAGAAUCCAAAACCAUUUUUAAAAAGUCCAAAGAUCCUAUAAAGAAAGCACUUUUGAUGAAUUCACUGCCACCUCGUAAAAGUGUGACCCAAAUCUUAAACAGUCACUAGUGUUACAAGUCAAACUUCCAAGCAGAAGUCAAAUUGAUACUUUGCAUCUUCCUGUAGCUGGAUAAAGAAUUCAUGCAAACAGAAGCCAAUCAUUAAAUUUAAUUUCACCAAAAGUUUCCAACACAAAAUCCAAUAAUUUAGUUUCAUACCGAGCUGUUCCAGUAUGGGAAAAUCUGUUUCCACCCCUAUAAUUCACUCUUUUCAUUAGCUCACACACACCUGUUGUGGUUAACAGCAUUCCUUUCUCGUGAAUAUACGUAUACACAUUGAACUUUGAAUGACUGUAGACUGCGUGCACAUUUUAAAAAGACACCUGUUAGUGAUAUAAUAAUUGUAUCUUGUAGUUUUUAUUGCAGCACUUUGAAUAUGUCGACAGUUCUGCAGCUGGUUGCUGAUCUGUCCAACACUACCUUAAAGGUACCACAUUGUUAGGUGCAACCUUCAGAAUAAAGAGGGGAGGUCAACAUCGUGUCAUGACAUGAUACGUCUUCUCCUGUGCGUGUGUGUGUGUGUGUUUGUGUGUGUGUGCGCUUGCGUGCAUCUGAGUGUGUGUGUGUGUGUGUGUGUGCGCGUAAGCGAUCACAGAGUUGCACAAUCGUGUUGCACCCAGCCAUGUCGAGCUGACCCUUCAACUGUUUGUAACAGUGUAUUUAUUACCUUUUCCUUGUACAUUAUAAUAUUGAUAUUGAUUGAUAAUAUUCACUGUAUAUUUGUUAUUAUUUAUAUGCCCUACCACAUGUCAAAUCACAGUUUGACUGAACUCGUCUGGUGAUUCUGAUUUAUUGUAUUCAGCAAGCUAUUUUGCUAUAAGACCAUAACAUGAAGUUAUGCAGUUCAAUUCUGACAAAUUGAAAUGUAUGUUUGGUUUGAAAUUCCUGCCAGAUAAUGUUUAUACAGUCUGAACCCACAACAUCCUUGCUGGAGGUGCAGAAGUCUGGCUUAUGUUUGUGUCAUUUAGUUCCUGGCGGAUUAUGAAGGCUGGAAAUGUACUGCAGUAUAAUGUGUACGGUGACGGGUCAUUGUACAGCUAUAGGAAUAUUUGCUGAAAUAUGUAACAUUGUUCCAAAUGUAUUUUUUCAGUGUUUUCCUCACAAUAUAUGGUAAAAUGGUAUAUGUUGUGCUCAACAAAUGUUUUCUAUCAGAUUAUUAAAAUGGGCAUGUAUUAC